AUGAACAUGAGGGAGCAGGAUCAAGCCCCAAGAAGGAUUCUGAGCAUAAAGAUAAAGUGGCUUUCCCAGAGCAGCCAGGGCACCUAUGAACCACAGCAAAGGCCCAGCAGCUACGCAGAAGGUACUCAGAGCAGGACUUUUGCAUCACAUGGAUUGCUCACCCAACUCGGAAAUCCAGUCUGCAACUCCAGAACAAACCCACAACCGCACCAAACCGCAAGCCAAACAGAGAAGAAGGGUGAAGGUAUAAAGACCCUGGACACCUCUUCUAAGAAGGACCACAGGAGUGAGAAGCUUUUGGAUUCUUCCUCCUCUAUAGCUGCAGCACCCGCCGCAGCCAAGCGGGCGUGGAGCGCCGCGGAGUCCGGUUCCGACUGGGAGAGCGGCCGGUCGGAGUGCCAGUCCCCGGAGGAGCCCGGCGCCAGGGGCAGUCGCCGCUUGCGCACCGCCUUCAGCGUGGAGCAGAUCAGCACCCUGGAAAGCUCCUUCAAGCGCCACAAGUACCUGGGCUCGGCCGAGCGGCGCAAGCUGGCCGCCAAGAUGCAGCUGUCCGAAGUGCAGAUCAAGACUUGGUUCCAGAACCGGCGCAUGAAGCUGAAGCGGCAGCUGCAGGAGCUAAGGCCGGAGCCCUUCUACAGCCCCGUCCCCUUCGGAGCCCGAGGCGGGACUCUGCCCCUGCACUAUGUCUACCCGGCUCAGCAGCAGCUCCUGGCUCACCUCCCCAGGCAGGAAGCCCUACCCACCAGCUUCGCCUUCCCAGCACUGCCAGCCUCUGCCCUGAGCCCCGCCAGCACCUACGCGGGGGAGCCAGGCUUUUGGCAGGCGCCCUGCUUUGUGGGCUACAGAGACUCCAGGGCUUUCUUGCUGCCCAUUUGAACUCGCUGGGCUGGCCUGUGACUCAGAGAAGGAUUUGCACUAACGCUGGCUCCGCGGGGUCGCCUAGGCUUGUAACUGCCUGCUGUGUUUAUGAUGCGAUCCCCUCUUACAUAGCGACAGUAUUUUAUACGGACACUUACAUGUGGAUAAUGGGGUCGAGUAUUAAUAUGAUGAGGUAUGGUCCAAUAAAACCAAACACCUACCAGCUUUCACUCUGCUUCCUUGCACAAGACCUUGGGAUCCCUUACUUGCCAUAACCGUGAACACAGCCUCUUUCUUUCCUUCCUCCUUCCCUCCCUCCUAAAUUCAGGAUGUCAACUAAUCUCCAAGACCCUGACUCAAACCUUUCCCUUCCAUGGGCCCUGGAAUAGGCUCCUAUAUAGAUUUUCAGUCUGGGCUGGUUUAAUAGUCUCGGCUUGGAGAGCACCUUUUUAGGGAAGUGACUUGAGAGUUUAAGAUUCCUAACCGGGAGAAACUCAGUACCCUGCCAAACCACCCAGCAGCCAACAAAGUGUUGAACCUUGCAGUGUGCACAC